UUUGCAGGAGCCCACUUAGCAACAGUUUCCAUCAAAAACAAUUGUCCAUACACCAUUUGGCCUGCAACUCUAGCAAACUCUAACCGUCCUCAAUUAUCAGAAACCGGGUUUGAGUUAGCCUCUGGAGGAACAAAGACCCUCGACAUUCCUGCUCAAUGGGCAGGCCGUUUCUGGGCUCGAACUAGAUGUUCUGGCAGCUUCACUUGUGCCACUGCAGACUGCGGCUCAGGCCAAGUCCAAUGCAAUGGUAAAAGUGGAGCCACACCUGCUUCCCUAGUCGAGAUAACGUUCCAAGCAGACGAUGGACAAGAUUACUACAAUCUUAGUCUCGUUGAUGGCUUUAACCUUCCUGUUUCAGUUGCCCCACAAGGUGGGUCUGGUACUAGAUGUACACAAGCCACUUGCUCAAACAAUGUAAACGCAGCUUGCCCAGAAAAUCUGCGACUCAUAGGAUCCGAUGGGAAUGUGAUUGGUUGCAAGAAUACCUUGGAUAAUGCUACGUUUUUCAGGAGCCAGUGCCCUAAAGCUUAUAGUUAUCCUCAAGAUGAUUAG